UGAAAAACGUGAUAAUACAGUUUUUCGCGAAUUUACCCCACAAAAUCGCCAUAUUUUCUUAUUUAAAUUUAAGUAAUACAUACAAAAUGCCUGAAGAUUCAACGUCAAAGGUUGAAAGCCUCAAAGAAAGCACAAAGGCAAAGGCUGAAGAACUGGUCAAAAGUGUAUUUCCUAAGAAAGUCAUGGAAUUACAGAAUAUUCUGGAGUCCGAGUUACUUAAUUAUGAUCGAUUACCGACCAUCUACACAGACCUGAACAUCCCCACACCAGAUCUGGCGAAUAAUCACGAACCAUCAAAGAAGAAACGAAAGAUGGACGGACAUGAUGGAGGGGAAGAUUACAUUAAGAUGCAAGGAAGUGCAGUUCUUGCGUUGCCAAAUGGUAUUUCCCCAUCAAAUCAACACAUAGUCGAAAUUGUGGACAAAUUAAAACCGUAUAUCAGGGAUUUAGUGGAGCACGCCAACUGUGUGAAGAUGUGGAUUACUUUUAUGAUUCCGAGAAUAGAAGAUGGUAAUAAUUUCGGCGUAUCAGUUCAGGAGGAUACUUUAUCGGAAGCAAGACAAGUUGAAACCGAGGCUGCCACCUGUAUGGACCAAAUGUCACGCUAUUUCAUCUCGCGGGGGAAGCUGGUGUCUAAGGUGGCCAAAUACCCUCACGUGGCUGAUUAUCGGAGGGUUGUGAGCGAGCUUGACGAGAAACAGUUCAUGAGUUUACGGCUAACAGUCGCCGAGAUGAGGAAUAACUACUGCGGACUGAAUGAUCUUAUAUUGAAGAAUCUGGACAAAAUCAAGAAGCCUCGGUCACAUAACGCGGAGAAUAUGUUUUAAUAGUUAUGUUAUCGAUUAUCACGAGGAAAAUGGACGAUUAUUCUGUGAAAUAUGGAGAGGCACUGUCUCAAGAUUCGUUUCGUUUUGAAAAUGGACAUUACUACAUACAACCGUUGCCGUGGAUAAAUGCGAGGUGCUGACUUGCUGGGGACUUUUCUAAAGUCACUAUCUAUAGUCGUACUUCCACCUAUCAUAAAACCCCGUGUUUUUUCAAGACCCUUGUCUUCGCUGUGUGUCAAAAAACCCAGGGCGCACUUACACCUAUCAGUGGUGUUAGAUAAUGGUUAAUAGCCCCAGGUGCGCUGUAGGUAGGGAGCUCUCCUGUGUUUCUUUCCCGUUGGAGGGGGCGCAAUACCGAGGCAACUACACCGCGCCAUCUGUCGCCGGAUCUUAGAACUUGCAAUUGCCGUGUCUAUUCAGAUUCCACCUAUCAAAAAACCUGUGUUGAACACGG